UGGCUUAGCGCUGGGGGCGUGGUUUGGUGCGCGGCGCAUGCGCAGAGCGGAGUGGGCGUGGCCCGGGGCGUUGGAGCCGCGCGCGGAGCGGAGGCCCCCCAAAACCGCCCCCCAUGGCGGAGCCGCUGCAGAAGAAGCUCCAGGCGGAGCUGGAGAAGUACCAGCAGCUCCAGAAAGAGCUGGGCCGGGCGGUGGCGGCGCGGCAGAAGUUGGAGACGCAGCUGACGGAGAACAACAUCGUGCAGGAGGAGCUGCAGCUGCUGGACGAGUCCAACUGCAUUUUCCGGCUGCUGGGGCCGGUGCUGCUGCGGCAGGAGCUGCGCCAGGCGCGGGAGCACGUGGGGAAGCGGCUGCAGUACAUCGGGGGGGAGCUGAAGCGCUACGAGCAGCAGAUGCAGGAGCUGGAGCGGCGCUCGGAGCAGCAGCGGGAGCUGCUGGGGCGGCUCCAGCAGGAGCUGCAGGCCCGGCCCUGACACCCCAAAUUUGGCAUCCCCAAAACCCCAAAAUUUCGGGGAAACACCCCAAAAAAUCCCCAAAUUCCCCCGGACCCAAAAACCCCAAAAAUCCCCAUUAAAUUCCAAUAAAAUCACCCCAAAAUACA